AUGAAGUACAGUUUCGCUCUCAUGGGCCUCGCGGGCUGCGCCCUCGCACUCCCCGCUCCCCAGGGUGAGUUCCAGCCAUCUGGACCUCCUCCCCCUGGCCUUACUCCCACCGGCCCUGCUCCCACUGGCCCUGCUCCCACUGGCCCUGCUCCCUCCGAUGCCUUCGGUGGCUUCGAGAAGCGUCAGUUCGGUGGCCCUGCUCCUUCCGGUCCUCCUCCCUCGGGCACUCCUAGUGGUUUCCCCGGCCCUAUGCCCACUGGCCCUGCUCCCUCCGAGGGACUCGGAGGUCUCGACAAGCGUCAGUUCGCCGGCUUCCCCUCUUCUUUCAGUCUUCCUUUCCCCGAGCCCACUGGUGGCUUCGGUGGCCUAGGUGGUUUCAAGAAGCGCCAGUUUGGUGGCCCUGCUCCUCCCGGCCCCCCUCCAUCGGGCACCCCUAGUGGUUUCCCCGGUCCGAUGCCCACCAGUGGCCUUCCCACAGUGAGCGUUCCUUUCCCCGAGCCCUCCGGUGGCUUCGGCGGCUUUGAGAAGCGCCAGUUCGGCGGCCCUGCUCCUUCCGGCCCUCCUCCCUCGGGUACUCCUAGUGGUUUCCCCGGCCCUAUGCCCACUGGCCCUGCUCCCUCCGAGGGAUUCGGAGGUCUCGACAAGCGCCAGUUCGGCGGCUUCCCCUCGUCUUUCAGCCUUCCUUUCCCCGAGCCCACUGGUGGCCUCGGUGGCUUUGAGAAGCGUCAGUUCGGUGGUGCUCCUCCCCCUCCUCCCUCUGGCUCUGCUCCUUCCGGUCCUGCUCCCACCGGACCUAUGGCCACUCCCAGUGGACCCAUCCCUACUCCUUUCUAA